ACAAAAGGAUAUAGGAAAAGAAAAGAAGCGGAAAAGUGGAAUGUGAGAAGGGAGAGGGUGGAGUAAGAAAGAGGAGGGGGAAAUAUGAUCAGAUUCGGUGAAUGAUUUAGGACAGAAUUAAUAAAUCUCUUACUUAUAUUUUCUUUUAUUUUCGUCAAAAGGCAAGUUUCGAACUUCGACUCGUUACCAUGGCCUGCCAUAUUCCACGGUGCCUCACGAGCUGUUUGGCACCAGUUGAAAACAAGAUCUACGUGAUGUACCAUGGAACCAAUGUCGCAGAUGCGCAUGCCAUUCGUAAAUGUGGUUUCUGUCAAUCCAAAGAUGGCACGUUCGGUCCUGGAGUCUAUGUCACACGUAGCCUUGAUAAAGCCAGCAGAUAUCCCCUAGAUCUGGAUAACAGGCAAAAGAUUGUGCUUCAGUUGCUGGUCAAUGCGGGAAAAGUCAAAAAGAUAGAUUAUCAUGGCUUUGACACUGCUUGGUGCCCUCCAAGGUGUGGGAAGGUUAAAAGUGGUUGUGUCUGGGAUCCCAAAAGAAUAAAAAUUAUUGAUGUAUUUCGCCCAAAAAAUAAUCGGUCUAACCAGUGGUUCUUCACCGAGACAGAUGUUCCCCAUCCUGACGGCAGUGUUACUUCCUGGAGCACGAAGGCAAGUUUUGAAAUUCGACUCGUUACCAUGGCCUAUUAUCAGCAAAAUAUAUGGGCUGAAGAAGAUGGACCUGGUUUUAAUCCACCGUGCCUCGAAAGUCUUGUGUCACCAAUUGAAGACAAGAUCUAUGUGAUGUACCAUGGAACCAGUGCUGUAAGUGCACAGUCCAUUCUAACAAACGGUUUUUGUCAAUCCAAGGGUGGCAUGCUCGGUCCUGGAGUCUAUGUCAGUAGGGACCUCCAAAAAGCUAGCAGGUAUCCCCUGAACAUCGAUCCUAGCCAAAAGAUUGUGCUUAAGUUGCUAGUCAAUGUGGGAAAAGUCAAAAAGAUAGAUUAUCAAGGGCACCCACUCCAGAUGACAUGGCACUGUAAAGGCUAUGACACUGCUUGGUGCCCUCCAUUCUGUGGGAUGGUUCAAAGUGGUUUGGAAGAGGAUUGUGUCUGGGAUCCCAAAAGAAUAAAAGUUAUUGAUGUAUUUCGCCCAAAAUAUAAUCAGUAUAACCAGUGGAUCUUCACCGAAUAUCCUGCAAGUUUUGAAAUUCGACUCAUUACCAUGGCCUAUUGUCAGCAAAAUAUAUGGGCUGAAGAAGAUGGACUUGGUUUUAAUCCACCGUGCCUCAAAAGUCUUGUGUCACCAGUUGAAGGCAAGAUCUAUGUGAUGUACCAUGGAACCAGUGCUGCAAGUGCACAGGCCAUUCGUCAAAAUGGUUUCCAUCGAUCCAAAGGUGGCAUGCUCGGUCCUGGAGUCUAUGUCAGUAGGGACCUCCAAAAAGCUAGCAGGUAUCCCCUGGACAUCGAUCCCAGCCAAAAGAUUGUGCUUAAGUUGCGAGUCAAUGUGGGAAAAGUCAUAAUGAUAAAUUAUCAAGGGCACCCACUCCAGAAGACAUGGCACUAUCAUGGCUAUGACACUGCUUGGUGCCCUCCAAGCUGUGGGAUGGUUCCAAGUGGUUUGGAAGAGGAUUGUGUCUGGGAUCCCAAAAGAAUAAAAGUUGUUAAAGCAUUUCACCCCAAAUGUAAUCUGUCUAACCAGUGGUUCUUCACUGAAUAAUCGUGAUCUUACUGGGGCAAUGGGGUAAUAGUUAGAAGAUGUGGAUAAUGGUGAUCUUGGGUGUAACAAUGGUGGUGGGACCUCCACAUAUGACAAUCAAACAUAGGGUUCGGUGGGAGAAAGCUCCUAUUUUUGAAGAUGACCUUCAGUAUGCUUUAGAGAGUAAUAGAAACGGAUUAAGUGGGUUAUCCCAUAAACUACCAAUGUUCAUCGUAUAAAUCUUGUGAAAAAUUGGUUGUUUUGGUGACUAUAUUGGAGGUUGCUAAAACCGGAAAAGCAGAUAAUUAGGAAGAUCAGCAUCAGCUGCAGUGGGAAUAAAACAAGUUCGGGAAAUAAAGCAAAUCAUUCUACUCAAACAGCAACAGUAAAAAAUCAGGUGUAUAAAGUGUCAUAUUGUGUUCUUUGAAAUGCAACCUCUCAAAGCAAUCACUGUAUUAUUCUGUAGCAACAACUUUUGUGAGCUGGAAAACCAUUGAUCACUGUACUCUGUGUCUUGUACUAAAUUGAAUAAAAUCAUUGGCCACUU